AUGCCUAUUGCGAGACAGCUGAAAGGUAACAAGAUUCAUAUCUUCCUCAUGCAGCGGUUUAAUCGGCAAGUCUCUAUUCAGAACCGAAUCGCCAGCAAGCAGCGGUUAUAUCACUUGGGAGUUUCUAGAGUUGCUUGGUUUGCACUGGUUCGGCUCUUGCGAGUGAUAAGGUUAAAUGAAGGCUUUAUUGCCAUACCGGAUACCGGAUGGGACGUAUUUAUUAUAACUACUAUGGUUGUUGUCGAGCGAGCGAGCGUGAAGUUAUGUAUAACUGUACGGAGUAUAUCAACUUGUGCUUGGAGGCGUAAUAGCGAGGCGGAGUAUCUCCUCAACUCUUUCCUCGUACGGAGCGCUGGGUAUCUUGUUUUCGUGGAUUAA